GCUACGAUACGCGCCGAUUGCAUAUGGCGACGGGUAGUUGAAAGAGUGUCCCUGUUUUCGGUGACCGUUUCUCGUGUAUUUUUGUAGCGUCUAGCGACGAUUGCGGAUAUUCAGUGCAUUUGUGAAAACGAUAUUUUGUGCUGCAUGCCGUGUAAUACCGAUCAAUUACAGGGUAAUGCCGUGAAUCUACUAGCAGUGUUGUACCAUAACCUCUCAAAUCGUGCAGAGAACAGUCUGUUGUAGGCAGUUUAUGUUAUAGAUAUGGCACCAACAAAAAAGGCUGAUUUAGAUAAGUUAGCAUGGGCAUGGAUAGAAGUCAUUACUCCAGAACAGAUUGAAAAAAUACAUUUAGAGACUGCAUAUAGGAUUGGAUUAAAAAGUUGUAAGAAUUGCAAACGGAACUGUACUAAUAAUCCCCAAUGUCUGACGGGUUUAGGAGAAGAAAAAUAUAUGAAGUCACAACCCACUGAGGUAGUGCCUUUAGAAAGCUCUCUAUCUGAACUUCGUGAUCCAACCCAAUAUGUCGGAUUGAAAAAUCUGGGUGCUACUUGCUACGUUAAUAGUUUAAUUCAAAUGUGGUUCCAUAAUGAAGACAUGAGGAGAAUAAUAUACAAAUGGGAUAUCACGGAAGAUCCAGAAGAAAGGGAUACAUCGUACCAGACUAAGAAGGCAGGACAACCGUAUCAUCCAGUAACUGCAGUCGGCCAAUUGCAAUACAUUUUCGCAAUGAUGCAAUUUGGAAAUCGGAGUCUUCUUGAUCCGAUGAAUCUCGCUGUCGCGUUAUCUCUGGAUACCAGAACGCAGCAGGACGCUCAGGAGUUCUCCAAGCUGCUACUGUGCCAUAUAGAAGGAAAGCUGCACUCAGAGCUGAAGCAGAUGCUGCAGAGGCUGACCCAGGGAAAAUACAGCUAUAUCAAUUGUUGUUCUACGUGCGGUACCGAGUAUCCGACGUCUACCACAUUCUACGAAUUGGAUCUGCAAUUGGCGGCCACUUUGAAGGAGGCGAUAGACAAGUAUUUGUCCGAAGAGCAGCUGACGGGCGCAAAUCAAUAUCACUGUACCACUUGCAAUGACAAACAGGAUGCCAGGCGAUUCAUACGAUUAGAAACUCUGCCGGAUACUCUAAACAUCCAACUGAUGCGUUUCGUAUUUCAUAGGGAUUCCGGGCAGAAGAAAAAGUUGAAUUCGUAUAUCCAGUUUCCCGAGGAUCUCGAUAUGUCAGAAUACAUCAGGUCUCAGCCGCAAACUCACUUGUACAGUCUUGUUGCAGUAUUAAGUCAUAAAGGUCCAUCUGCUCACUCUGGACAUUACAUCGCGAAUAUAUGUAAUUCGAGUGGUGAAUGGUACCAGUUUAGUGACGACAAAGUGGAAAAGAUGCACAAUAAACGGAUCGAAGAUGGAGUAAAUGAUAACGUGAAACCGAUGAAACGAGGUCGCGUCCCGAAAGGAUUCCUUUCGUCGAAUACAGCGUAUAUGUUGGUUUAUAAAAAAUUAACUACAGAUUGGCCAGUAAGUGCUACAAAGAAAAUGAAGUUGAAGAAACCUGACGCAGAAGCGAGCAUCCCCGGCAACCCUGUUAACUUGGAAAGUCUUACUGUUAAAGACAAAUCGGAUAUACCGGAUGAAGCACAACGGAAAAAUGGUGUUGGGGAUAUGUCGCCAACGGAAGAAGAAAAUUCUCCAAUAAUACCCAAACUAGAUUUAGAAAAUAAAAUAAAAGUGGAUGAAUCUGUGGCAUCUCAAAACAAUGAUGUGCCAACUAAUGUGAAGAAUGAAACCAUAGAAACUGCUGUUCCUACAGUUUGUGUAAAUGCUGAGUGUAAAGACAAACAUGAACCAGUUGCGCAACAGUUGCUGAAUAAAAUUCAACAUCCAAAGAAACCAAUAGUAAAAAUUGUCAAACUUGAUUACAAACGACUGAAUGGUGCUGCGCACAGAGCUAUGAGUUGCGGUGAACGAGACUUUUAUGAAGAGAUGGAGUUCGAGAGUUGGAAAGUGAGUAACACAAUGCGCGAACUCGUCAGACAAGAAAAUAUUAAACAUGAAUUGAGUUUAUUAGCUGCCCAACAAGAAAAGCAAAAAGAAAUUGAAGAUCACAAUUUCAAGCGACAACUUGUCAUAGAUGUAUAUAACAUUAUCGCAUCGACAGUAUCUUGGGAUGAAUACUAUUGGAUACCGACCGAUUGGCUAUCGAAAUGGUUAAACGCAUAUUCUACUGUGGACGGUAUCCCUCCGAUUGAUAAUUCAACCUUAAUGUGCUCGCAUCACCGACUCGACCCAUUAAAAGUUAGUCGCGCAAAAUGCGUGCCGGUGGCAGCGGCCGAAGUGCUUUACGAAAGGUAUCGGGGAGGUCCACGAUUAGAUCAAACAUCUUUGUGCGAGACUUGCGUGAAAAGACGUUGUAAACUGUUGCGUUUUAAAUUAUCUUUGGAGCGCGAUCACAAGGAAGUCAGUGAGCUAAUUCGCACGUUUAAAGAACCUUCUGAGACAAGCUACAUAAUUGGCACCGAUUCUUUACGAUCGUGGCGAAAAUUAGCCAUGGAAACGUUCCUAGAGGGUAUGGAGCAAGAGAUGAACGAUUGUCAAGAUAUUCCGCAGGAGGAGAACAAAAACAUAAGUGACUGUUCAAAGGAGAUCGAAGAAAACGAGGAAAACGAGAUUAUAAUCAACUUUAACGAAGAUUUACUUUGCGAGCAUAAUUCUCUCAAAACGGCAGACUCCAGUAGAAAAGUGAUACCUCAAGAGGCAUGGUCGAUUCUUCGGAAAUAUUUCCCGGACUCGAAAGAGUAUCCUAUCGAAUCUACGUCUUGUACAAUCUGCGAAGAGAGAAUGGAAAACGCACAAAGAGCGAAGAAGGACGACAAGAUCAAGGCGAAACAGCAGAAGGACGAGCUCACCGAUUUGUAUUAUGGAAAGAAUAGAAAUGAAAUAUCCAAGUGCGACGAUUUAGCGAAACUAUUUUACAUCCUCGAGAAGGGCUUCUUGGAUAGUUGGCGUUCUUUCAUUCGAUACGCGGAGACAUAUUCGAGAGCACCGCCGCCAGGCAUCCAGAACGCGUCGCUCCUGUGCGAGCACAAAGGAUUUCUGUACGCGCCCAGGAUCAACAACGAAUUAUACAGUAUAGUAACCGCGGAGGAAUGGUCGAAGCUCGCGCAAUUCUACGAAGUCGACUAUCCCAUUACCAUAAAGAAGACUGAUGAUGACUAUCAAACGACUCCUGGUCCAUGUGCAGCUUGUAUGUUGGCGAGGGUCGAACAGGAGCGAUUGGAGAGCUUGAAAUACGAUCGAGCGACGAUCUACAUCAAGUGUAUCGACGACAACGAGGAGUCGAAGUUAGAAAAUAAUUCCGAGGUAGCGGCGAAGAGGCCAAAAAUGGAGAACGUACGUCCCUCGCGAACCAGGAGAAAAUUAAAAGGAUCGCAUGAGCUCAAAGUGUCGUCCGAGAUCACCUUAAAAGAACUCAAAGUAAUGACGAUGCAGAUUUGCGGGGCCGGACCAUAUGACCAACAUAUAAUGCUGGGAGAGCACGAGCUCACCGAUCAUAGUCAGAGCUUGGCCGCACUCGGAAUAUUUCCCGGAGCGCUUCUCACGUUAAAGAUCGACGCACCGGUGGAAAAUGAAACCGACGUAGAGUCCGACGUUCACAAUUUCGAAGCGACGUCGCCAGAGAAGGGUUUCAAGGGAACGGAACUGGUGCCGAGCUGAUCUGCCUGAUCGGACAUAACCGUGUAGCCAAUUUCGUUUAACGUUUAAUAACGAUAGCUGAUUUAACGCAAGAUAUUUUUAUACAUACAUAUAUACAUAUAUAAGUACAUGAAUAUAUUCAAUCCUCCUUAUACACGCCCGUUAUCGACAGAUUAUAAGAAAGAGUAUAAGUCUAUGCUGUUGCGUCUAUCCAUGCCUAUUCUAAUAUAUUUGUUAAAAAGAUCUAGCGUGAUGGUAAAAGAUCUGUGAUAUCUAAGAGAAGGAUAUCGCAGAUAAAAAAGCGGGAGUCGCAAAGAGUGAAUUUAUCGAUUUAAUGUUACAUUUGCAGAUUUAUGAUUUUUUGCGGAUUAUUGACGAGACGAGAUAGAGACGAGGACUUUUUUUAUAUUUAAUAUGUGUAUUCAUAUGAUAUUGAAGUUGUAUAUUUAUGAAAACUUAUACGAAUAUAAAUGCGAAAGUUUCUAAAGUUCGUUAUAACAGAAUAUAUUUUUAAUUUUUUUAAAACGUGUAAUUAUGUACUAGAUAGAUACAAUUUGUUUGUUAUCAAUAUGUUCGAGACCCGGACUCAGAUCUUUCACGUUAUAUAUACAUAUAUAUAUAUACGUGUACCUCUUGAUUUUAUUGAAGCACUAAUUCACUCUAAUAGUAGCGUCACGCUUUUAACAUGUACAAGAGAAGGAAAGACGCGUGCCAACGUUAACACGGUGUUGCAUAAUCCAUCUAUUUGUAUCUUAUAUAUAAUAUAUAUGUGCGAUAUAUUGAUUUCGCGGAAUAACUUUAUAAAAGAAAACAAAACAUAU